AGAGAAAACGCAGUGGAACGGGUUAAAAUGUAGUUCAUUUUAAAAGAGAGCGAUUGAACAAUUGUUAACAACUCACUGGAGCCACUGAUUUUUUUCUGAUUUGGGUUAAUCUGUUCGUUCCGCAGUAUUUGGUGUGCUACAGACGCCCCUAAGGGGGUUUUCGACAAUGUAUAAAGUUAAAAGGUGGAACGAUUUUAACCGUGGAUAAAAUGAAGAACAGCAACCAGAAAUCAUCAAUGGGUAUCCCGGAAUGAGAUGCACCGUUUAGGACGGUGUUGAGCUCGUCAUCGAUCGUUCACUAGGUGCAAACAAAAUAUUCGCAAGAAAGCUGUGCGAAGGUGUUGAGUGAGGCCGAGCGAAGCUUUUCCAAGGACAGCCAUCGGAGAACGGGAUGUCGGCGAGGAAUAUUCGAGGUGGCCAAGCUGGCUCCACCGUUCAAGCUUUCCUUUUGAUCUGUUCAAUCUUCGGCGGCUCGGGAAUGGGACCCGUCCUGAGCUCCGAAGUCACGACUGACACACCAGCGAAUAAAGGAGCAGCGCGACAGAUGUUCGGUAGUGGCAGCUUGCGGCAGACAGGAAGCGGGCCCAUCUUCCUGGGGACGACGGAGUCACCGUUUUACGACGGACAUUUGUACGAGGGCCCCGGUGGGUUUGGAUACAACGUACCCGGCGGCAGAAACCACGUUUCCCAAAAAUCGCACCCCCAGCUUCCCGGUGGGUAUCACGGCCCGCCAAGGAUGCCCGUCUCUCAACCCGAUGCUGAUACCUACGAGGCUUCCAGCGACGUGAAGGUCAGAAACGGCGCACCGGUCAACGGUCUCUACGGUCAAAGCCGUCAAGGUGUCGGACGAGGAAUGGACGCAGACCGAGGACGAGGCGGCUUCGGCGACAUUUACGGGGGCAUGGGUGGUCGAGGCAUGGACGAAACAUACGUGAACCCGGAUCGCACGCGCGUGCAUAACGGACUCCAACGCGGUCACGGAAUAGGAGCAAAUCCCAACAUCGAAGGACAUUUUGGAGUCGGCGGACGCACUCUGAUCCACGAAUUGGAGGACGAAAGCGAUCUUACCGGAGAGUACCUACUGCCCUGCGGAUGGCAGUGCAAAAGAAGCGAGUUCCUCUGCUUGCAGUCAUGCACUUGCAUCCCGUUGAGGAGUCGUUGCGACGGAGAGAUAGACUGCGAGGACUUCCAAGACGAACUGGAUUGUGACAACGGGUCGGGAUAUGGAGGAAACGCGGAAUGCGUCGGUGAAACAAAAAUUCGUUGUCCAUUGUCUGGGAAGUGUAUUUCCAAAGAUUGGCUUUGUGACGGUGACGACGACUGCGGUGAUUUCUCCGAUGAAAGCCACUGCGGAACAUCUCAAAAUUGCACUGAGGACCAAUUCGAGUGCAAAAAUGGUCUCUGCGUCCAGCGAGCUUGGCUUUGCGAUGGCGAGAAUGACUGCAAGGAUUUUUCUGACGAAGUUAACUGCACGAAAAAAGUGGAAUGCACACAGUAUGAGUUCAAGUGUCAGGAUGGAAGCUGCAUCACUUUGAAUUGGCAUUGCGACCAAGAACCAGACUGUAGCGAUGGUUCCGACGAGAUGAACUGCGAAAAAACCGGAGUUAGUUGUGGCAGCAAUGAAUUCCAGUGCGCUUAUCCAAAAUGUGUGCGACACGAGUAUCGCUGUGACGGUGAUGACGACUGCGGUGAUGGAAGUGACGAAAAGGAUUGUCCUGGAUCAUUGACAACCAGCUGCAACGAUAAUGAAUUUCGAUGCUCUGGGGGCAAGUGCAUCAGCAACAAAUGCGUAUGUGACGGAAACAAAGACUGUGACGGUGGUGAGGAUGAGGAAAUGUGCAACCACCCGACACCUCAGGGAUGUUCACCUCACAACGAGUUCACAUGCUCCACCGGCACCUGCGUCCCGCGAUUGUGGGUAUGCGACGGCGUUCCUGACUGUCCUAAUGGUGAAGAUGAACAAGGAUGCGCAGUGACUUGUGAGGCGACCCAGUACUUGUGCAACCCGCCUCGAGUAAUCAACGAUACAUCAGUUGCUGCUACUAACUCGCCCCAACCAUCAGCGACGCAUCACUAUCACCGAUAUUGCAUCGCUAUAAAACACGUCUGCGAUGGUACAGCCGACUGUCCCGAUGGUGAUGAUGAACUCAACUGUCCAAAGAAACGCAACUGCACUGCAACGGACAAGUGCACGCAGCAAUGCAUCUUGACGAUAGAUAACAAGCCAGCCUGCGCUUGCCAGCCUGGGUACAAGCUGGGGAAAGACAAUGCGACAUGCGAAGAUAUCAACGAAUGUGUAUUCGAACAAGAUCCAGUCUGUAGUCAAACUUGCAACAAUACCGUAGGCUCAUUCGUCUGCAGCUGUAUGGCCGGUUACGUCCUCCGACCUGACCUCAGAACCUGCAAGGCCUUAGGGGCAAAUCCUACACUCCUUUUUGCGAACCGGGUUGAUAUAAGACAGGUUAGUCUCAGCAAUUCCAAGUACACAGCUAUCCUGAAGGGGUUGCACAAUGCCAUUGCUUUGGACUUUCAUUAUAAACGAAGCACUGUUUACUGGUCCGAUUUAUCCAUGGAUGUCAUACGGAAGGCGUAUGUAAACGGAACCGGUGCCGAAGACGUUAUUCGAUGGGGCCUGGAAAGUCCAACCGGUGUUGCUGUCGACUGGAUUCACAAUCUUCUGUUCUGGACUGACUCUGGAACACGUAGGGUGGAAGUAAUAACUUUAGAUACAACAAUGCGGCACGUCCUGAUAUCUAGUGACCUCGACAAGCCACGGGCCAUAGUUGUUCAUCCAAACUAUGGAUACGUUUACUGGACGGAUUGGGGUCCAAAUCCAAAAAUCGAACGUGCAGACAUGGACGGUUCAGGCAGGGUCGUUCUUGUUACGGAGUCGAUAUCCUGGCCAAAUGGUCUAGCAAUAGAUUACACGUCGGAUCGCUUAUUUUGGGCAGACGCAAAGCAUCAUAUUAUCGAAUCUGCUCACCUUGAUGGGACGGAUAGGAAGAAGGUCAUAAGGAAGGGAGUUAACCAUCCCUUUGGUAUCACCAUAUUCGAAGACUAUGUCUACUGGACUGACUGGCACUUCAAGAGCAUAUCCUCUGCGAAUAAGGGAAACGGUGCUGGAUUCAAAACUAUUCAUUCCGGUCUUCACUUCCCGAUGGACGUACAUAGCUAUCAUCCGCAACGUCAACCUGAGUAUAAAAAUCGGUGUGGUGAUAACAAUGGAAACUGCUCACACAUGUGUCUCCCAAAUAGCACCGGUUACAGUUGCGUCUGUCCUGUGGGGUUGAAGAUUAAACGAGAUGGCAAGAACUGCGCCUCUACUCCCGACAAUCUUCUGAUAUUUGCAAGGAAGAAGGAUCUCAGAUUACGGCCAGUCGAUCAGGCCGCAAGAGGAUUCGACACUGUUAUUCCCGUCGAUCAUAUUGAAAGCGCUGUCGCACUUACGUGGGACAGUAAUGAAGAUACUAUAUACUGGACAGACGUUGAGACGGACACGAUAAGCCGGGCGUACUUAAACGGCACUAAUCAGAGUGUCAUCAUCAGUUAUAACUUAGAAUCUCCAGCUGGUUUGGCUAUGGAUUGGAUAACGCACAAGUUAUAUUGGACUGAUGCUGGGACGAACAGAAUUGAGUGUUCAAAUUUAGAUGGAUCGAUGAGAACUCUACUGGUAUGGAGGGGGCUUGACAAACCGAGGGACAUCGUGGUCGACCCGACUGUCGGGUAUAUGUACUGGAGCGAUUGGGGCGAAGAACAGAAAAUAGAGAGGGCCGCGAUGGACGGCAGUGAUCGCAAGAUUCUCGUGAGCAAAAACUUGACAUGGCCAAAUGGAUUGGCAAUCGACUUCGAAAAGAACCGGCUCUACUGGGCAGAUGGUGGUACCAAAAAAAUCGAGUACUCUGACCUGAAUGGCAAAGGCCGAACCGUACUAAUCUCCACUGACUUGCCGCAUCCCUUUGGUUUGGUGAUUUUCAAAAAUAAAAUAUUUUGGACCGACUGGGACACGCAGAGUAUUCAUCAAGCAGAUAAAAACGACGGUUCUAAUCGGAGCGUGGUUAGAUCAGGAAUAUCCGGUCUCAUGGACGUCAGGGUAUUUCACCGUCAUCGAAAGACUAUCAACACACCUUGCAAUAAGAACAACGGCAAUUGUUCGCAUUUGUGUCUGUUGGCACCCGCUCCGCGAUUCUAUAAAUGCGCGUGUCCAACUGGUCUGGUUUUAGAGUCGAAUGGAGAGACAUGUCCUGAUAUGCCGAGUGAAUUCCUGGUAUUCGCUCACAGAGAAGACAUCAGAAUAAUAUCUUUCGACGUCAACUACACCGUGGACAUAGUACUGCCAAUAGCGAACCUAAAAAAUGCAAUUGGAGUGGAUGUCGAUAGACGAACCGGCGAUCUGUAUUGGACCGAUACUGCCGAUGAUCUCAUCAGGAAAGCAAGUUUUGACGGAAGAACUGUAGAAACGAUAAUCAACAACGGAAUCGAGAACGCCGACAGUUUGGUCGUAGAUUACAUAGGUCAAAAGAUAUACUGGACAGACGCUGGACUAAACAGCAUCGAAGUUGCUGAGCUCGAUGGUAUAAACAGAAAGGUUCUGAUUUGCUCAGGACUCGAAAAACCUCGAGCUAUCGCUCUGUACUAUCCAGCUGGGCUUCUUUUCUGGUCUGACUGGGGUCACAACGCCCGUAUAGAACGAGCUAAUAUGGACGGCGAACAGAGGAUGACUUUAAUAGCCGACGACCUUAUCUGGCCGAACGGUUUGGCCGUUGACCUAAUUGGGAAUAAAUUGUACUGGAAUGACGCUAAGAGAAGCGUGAUUGAAAGCGCCAAGCUUGAUGGUUCAAAUAGAAAGAUUCUUAUCCACGAUGUUCGUCACCCUUACGGGUUGACACUGACCAAGGACUUCGUUUACUGGAGCGACUGGCACACGAAAUCCUUACACCGUGCUAAUAGAACGACGGGAUCUAACAAAACGGUAAUAUUGUCCAAAAUAGAGGGAAUCAUGGAUAUUCGGUCAGUCAGCAGCGAGGAUCUUUACAUCGCUGAGAACGUGUGCGAGAAGAAUAAUGGCGGAUGCUCACAUUUGUGCCUUCGCAACCCGAAAGGUUACUCGUGCGCUUGUCCGACCGGAAUCCUUUUGAACGAGGAUAAAAAGACGUGCAAAUUGACCCCCACAAACUUCAUACUGUUCGCAACGAGGGAAACGCUCGCCAGGGUGUCGUUCGACACGCCAGAGAUGUGGGACGUGACUUUACCAAUCAGUGACAUCCACAAUGCAAUCUCAGUAGAUUUUCACUGGGAAAAACAAAUUAUAAUUUACUGCGACGUAAACUUGGACAUAAUUAGGAGUAUCAACAUCCAAAAUUUAUCCGACACUCGGGUAAUCAUAAACUCGAAUCUCACAACGCCGUCGGGCCUGGCCGUUGACUGGGUCGCUAACAAUCUUUACUGGGCUGACACCACCAGGAAAGUGAUCGAAGUAGCCAGGCUGGAUGGCAGCAGUCGUAAAAGAGUCCUGGAACAGCUAGACGACCCAAGAGCGCUUACCUUGUUCCCGGCAAAGGGAUACAUGUACUGGACCGAAUGGGGUGAACAUCCCAAAAUUGAAAGGUCUUACCUGGACGGUUCGAGUAGAAAAGUGAUCAUCUCUUCGGACUUGGGCUUUCCAAAUGGCUUGGCUCUUGAUUACGAAAAGAAAAAGUUGUACUGGGCCGAUGCGUUGAAGGACCGAAUCGAGACGUCCGAUUUACACGGACAAUACAGAGUGCAGCUGGUCCCGGAAGCAACUCAUCCUUUCGGCUUGACGCAAUACGGGGAUCACAUCUACUGGACGGAUUGGUACAAGAAGGCAGUGGAACGAGCUGACAAGACCACUGGAAAAAAUCGAAUUGAGAUUCGAACUGCGCUGGACGGAGUAAUGGAGAUCAAAGUCGUCUCGGCCGCAAGGCAAACCGGGUGGACUCCUUGUGCCGUGGAAAACGGCGGCUGUAGUCAUUUGUGCUUCUUUACGCGGAAGAACUACGUCUGCGCUUGUCCGGACGUUAAGGAUUCCAAACCCUGCUCGACGGUACCGAGCAGAGAAGUCCCGAUAAGAAAACCAGGGACAGAAAACGAUCCCCCGGAGGAAGACGAUGAUGAGCCAACCAUGUCGUCAGUCCCAACUCUCGUACCUCGGAAGCCGCAUCACGAUAUCACCGGCAGAUUCCCAAAACUUUCCCCUAGUAAUACAAAUUUCACAUUGAAAACGGUGGUAAUCACGAUAGUCGUGAUGGUCGUUAUGAUAAUCGUCAUUUUAAUCGCCAUCAUCCAUCUUCUGUGCCAACGCAAGACCAAACAGAAAAAAUACUUGUACACCGGAAGAAGUGUCCUCACUUUUUCCAACCCCAACUACAACGCUUCAAGCGGCGACGUAGGCCCGAGCAAUUCGCAGCAAGAUAAAAAGUCGUUCAUCUGGAAAAGAUUGAAGUACGACAAGUCGCAGAAAGCUAACACAUCCAAAGUUGAAUGCCCAAUCAAACUGCAACAUUUGCCACUUCACUUUAUACAAAUGAAUGAAACAGAAACCACCUAGCGCCUAAGCUAUCUGCAACGUAGUAUUUUAUGCGCAACCUUCUAUGUUAGGUAGAUGCAAAAAAUUGAACAUCGCAAUUCUAUUUCCACCGUCUUUACUUGAUAAGCUACGCGUCGCGUCGCGUCCUUUGGUCGAAAUGAUCUACAUGUAUCCGCCCCAUGAAUCGUCCCGAUAUUGUUCAUACCCACUACUGUUCACUAUUUUACUUCCGUUUCUUAGUGCCGAUCUAGGUCGAAAAUUAUCGGAGCGAUGACAUGUGAAACUAAUAGCAAACUUGAACUUGAUCGUUUUACUCUUCGGAUUUUUGAACUUAAAGACUCAACCCUUGUCUUUGUCGAACAGUUAGUUGCGCAUAAAAUGUGAUCUAAAGAUUAUGACAAUAUCUUGAAGGGAGCCUCGUUAUCAUCAACUCUGUAUUAUCCAAUGAAAGCUGAAGCUCAGACCACCGUACCUCUAAAAUUGUAAAAUUAUUAAUUGCAUAUUGAAAUAUUUUUGUUAAAAAGGUUGAAUAGAAUUUUUAAGAUAGUAAAGUAUGUUCAAUAUAAAUAUUAUAGAGGCACGCUAUAGAAACUCUUCAUUGUAAUGGUUAUUUGUCGUUCCGACGAAUCGGAAAAUUUUGCCAUAAGGCAUAAAAUUACGAAGAAGAAAAAAAGCGAGGAACUGAAUUGUUAGAAGUAGCUGGUGAAAAGAUUGAAGGAACGUAUAAACUCUGGGCGCAUUUAGGAAAAGAAUGAGAGUUCCGUUUCGUCUUAAAAAAGUUUUCAACCACAAUGGUGUAAUACUCGAUAUUUCGCAACUGACUGUGAAAGCACGAGUAACGAAUAAAAUGAAAAUUGUAAUAAUAAUACCAGUAUUUAAUAAUAACAAAUAAAUGCCGACAAUGAGCGAUUAAUUCUGCAAUGUACAGUAUCUGAUUGGGCAUUUCUGCACGCUGGUAAACUCGGAUGGAUAGUGUAACAAUGUUACACAAGAGACGAGGAAAAUUUUCCUACGAUAAAUACGAAAGAAAAAAGAAAAAUCGAAGAAAGAAAUUAAAUAAAAUAAAAUAUAUACGCAGCCUCAGGGGAAACGAAAAGAAAAUAGUGGAAAAAAAAAAAUCAAUAAUUCAUUGUCUUGUCAAUAUAGGAAAGAGUGUACGAAGAUAACGGACAGUCCUCAAGUCCCGAAGUGGUUUCCUUGAUUCCUCCCUCAACAACUCCGAGCAGCAGUAGAGCUCCGUCAGUCACACCGAGGGAAACUUCACCACCAACGUCACUUCC